AUGCUCGCAUUUUAAUUUGCCCACAUGUGACCUGAGUAUGACAUGCCAACUCUCUUGGCGGCCAUUUCGAAUUUACCGACAACAGUGUUUUAAAGACCUCGGCAAUUAAACGACUUAAUGGCUUACGCUUUGGUUAAUUUCUUCGAAGAGAAUGCUUGGGAUGUCAUUCCAUAUUCCGAUAUUGUUUUUACUCAGGAACAUAAACAAAAUGAAAUCGAGAACGGGACAAAAAUGUUGGUUCUUUGGAAAGAUACAAAAUCCAAGAAAGCAACCAAAAGAAAAUUCCCUGCCGAGAUUGUAAAGAUAUCAGAUGACAAAGACUGGUUACUCAAAUACAUGAGAGAAGAUGAUUCUCCGGUUAAAACAGGCAAAGGUUUCCGCAAGCGUGUAAGAAAUGCAAACAGUGUUAUAAAUGAUAGCGACAGUGACACAGAAAGACAGCAAGAACAAGCUGCAACGAAGAGGCAGAAAGCAGCAUCUAAAAAUGCUGAGCAAUCAAAGCGAUCAACCAAUCUGGCUAACAUGAUAAAGGAAAGAUACAGGAAGGAAAGUCUUAAAUUAUUUGAUGGCAACAGUGUAUGUGAUGAAGAUUAUUUAAAAGUUUCUUUGAGAAAACUGAAGAAUGUGGCAUCCUUGGAAGGCUUUUCAAACCAAGCACCAAAAUUUGGUUCACAACAGAGCGUACGAGCAUACGAGCCUUCCGCAAGAUUGUCUCCUUUGACAACCAUGGAUCAUGGAAGAUCGUCUCCUAUUUCAUGUGUGUCAAGCUCAUCAACCAGAUCUUCUCCCACAUCGAUGAGUGGUUUUUCAGAAUUUGCUACAGAGGAACCAACCGUAAUUGCAAUUAGCGAAGACAACUUGUUGAAAGACAAAAGUAAGGAAAUACAAGGCUGUGAUGAUGACAACUAG